CUAGGUGACGGUAUCGUUUGUCAUUUCCCGAAGCCGAACACCAGUUGACGUCCGACGACGAUGCCACCCAAGUUGAAAUUCCAAAAGAAUUUCGUUUAUAAAACUCCGUCUAAGGUUCUCCCCGGGCUUUACGUGGGUAAUUUCAGGGAUUCGAAAGACGCUCUGCAACUCGACAGAUUCAACAUCACUCAUAUUGUUGCCAUCCACGAUACCGCCCGAAAACUGCAUCCGGACAAGCAUUACCUUUGCGUGUUGGCGUCUGACACACCUGACCAAAAUCUCACCCAGUACUUUCCCAUUUGUAACGAUUUUAUUCACGCCGCUCGUCUGCGAGGUGGAAACGUGCUUAUUCACUGUCUUGCGGGCAUGUCACGAUCUGUAACUGUAGCCGUAGCCUACAUAAUGUCAGUCACGACGCUUAAUUGGAAAGAGGCACUUAAAGUUGUCAAAGUGGGACGGUCCGUCGCAAACCCAAAUGUCGGAUUUCAAAAACAACUCGAAGAAUUCGAAAUGACCAAACUUUACGAGGAGAGGCGAAGGAUAAAAGAGAGAUUCCCGAGCCUGGCACUCGUCGCGAAGGACGAAGCCGAAUGCCAAAUUUUACUCAAUUCAUACGAAGGUCUGCUCCUGUCGAAGCACCUGUGCGAAGGAAACUGCCCCAUGGGUGAAGUCUGCCCCACAGGCCUAUGCCGAUCGCCCAGCAAGACGUGAGUAUGUCCCCUGAAAGAACCUUCAAAGCACCACAAUUGAGAGAAGCUUAUUAAAAAUCUUUCACUGA